AUGGAUUCGAACGCCGGGAAAUCAGUCUGCCACAGCGGUUCCGAGCGCAAAUCGGCACACACGCAUUCAACAGCAGCGUCGCAGAGAAGCCUCCCUAGCCAACAGCUGAAUGCGUAUCAGAAUCAGACGCCUUCUGAAGAUAGCAACAUCUAUCGCGUCGCAUACCAGAACACCGAUAUGAGCGCCACCGCCGCGCAACAUAGGGGCAGGAUUGCUGUGGAUUUGGCCAAGUUUACUGGUCGAUUUGAUGGCAGCUCUUCCUAA